AGACACAGCUGACCACCCUGAGUGCUAGGCACACGCUUCCAUCGCAUCAAGUCAAAAAGUAUCCUACGCACCAUGGCAUCGGACGAAUUGGCGAGGAAACUGCAGCCCAGGAUGGCCGCAGAGCAGGCUCCCAAAUUCAACCCGUGUGCACCAGAGGAGACCCCGGUGAAACCGAGCGACUCUGUCCCUGAGCCGCAGGAAAAAGCGGUGGUGGUCAUUGUCAAUAAUGCCACAUCCGAACUCACGGCGAAACUCACCCGGAGACUUGACAUCAACGAUGGGAACGCGGCGCCCAAGCAAGCCAAGGUAUUCAACCCCUACACGGAAUUCAAAGAAUUCUCCCGCAAACAGAUCAAAGACAUGGAGAACAUUUUCAAACGGUUUGACAGUGGUAAGGACGGCUUCAUAGACCUGAUGGAGUUGAAGCUGAUGAUGGAGAAGCUGGGAGCUCCUCAGACCCACCUGGGCCUCAAGAACAUGAUCAGGGAGGUGGAUGAGGACUUCGACAGCAAGCUGAGCUACAGAGAGUUCCUGCUGAUCUUCAGGCGAGCAGCGGCAGGCGAGCUGCAGGAGGAGAGUGGUCUGAUGGCUCUGGCCAGACUGUCUGAGAUAGACGUCUCCACAGAGGGAGUCAUGGGGGCACGGGACUUCUUUGAGGCUAAGGUGCAGGCUCUAAAGGUGGGCAGUAAGUUUGAGGCUGAGAUCCGAGAGGAGCAGGAGGAACGGAAGAGACAGGCGCUUGAUAGGAAACAGAGACGGGCUGCCUUCAAAGAGCUGCAAUCUGCCUUCUGCUCAUAAUGCAGUGCACACACACUGAAACACACACACUGAAACACACACACACACACACAAACUAAAACAUGCAUGAUCAUGCGCAUACUCACUUGCACAUUAAGGGAUGUUUUAAAGGAGUUCCAUAGCUUCCCUGAAUACACACAUAAUAAUAUUUGAUUGAAUAAUGAAAGUUUGAUAUUAAGGUUAUUGUUAUGAUAUGACUGAUGUGAUUUAUUGUUUUUAUUGUUCUAAUUAACAUGAUUGUAUUAGCUAUUUUACACAAAAUUCUCACUUAGUUUAAACAGUGAGGUCAUACCUAUUUUAAGAAAAUAGAUUUAUAAUUCCCAUCAAUAAUUAAAUUGUUUAAUGUUUGAUGUACAUUACAGAAAAGGUUAUGUGGAGCAAUGUAUUGACCAAUUUAUGCGUAGAAGGCAAAGGAACGUUAAAAUACCUGUGUCCAAAAAAAGUCCCUAGGCACCUUUUUCUGUUGAAACCUUUAAAAAAUCACUAAAUGAAUAUAUGUUUUUACUAUUGGCAUAUUGUAGGUGGUGCUGUUUUAUUGAAUAUUGACCUGUAAUCCAUGUUUGUUUAAUUUCUAGAAACAUACCAUCAUGUAACACUGUAGCAUUAUGCUGUCUUAUUUGUUCUGAAAUGAAAAGGAAAUGGAUGUAUUGUAUUUUUCCAUAAAUAAAACAAUGGUAAUCAC